UGCACGCACACACACGCGGCCGCGUCUUGCAACUGUCGGCGCGCGCGCAACUCCGCAGUGUUCGUUCCGAGUUCCUCAGUUAAUGAACUAGAAUCAGUUUAUUUAUCGUUUUCUGUUUAUUUCUCUGCUGUUUUUGUUGGAUUUUUUUGGAUUUUGUUACCUUUGGUGUCAGGAUGACACCGAAAUCGAGCAGUUGUUGCGGCAUCAACCUCCGCCCGCUAUGUUUCAUGAUUGGAUACUUGCAUCUGCUGUCAAGUGUUGUGGAUGUGGUCUGUCAUCUAUUGACAGUGGCUAUUGUCACCAACGGCUUCCAAUGUGACGUCAACAAUGAGAGUCUGCAAGCGAUCUCCAUACCCUGGCUGGAACCGCUCCUGAUCGUCCUAAACCUCGGCACCCAUGGCUUCUACCCAUACCCUCGCGUCUUCCGCAACCAGUACCACAUCUACGUGGAACAGAUGUCCGUGGCUUCCGAACCUAAGUGCUACCCUGGGAUGCUGCACAUCUACCUGAUAGAUCUUCUCAACUUCCUCAUCAACCUCAUCUGGCUAAGGAUCGUGGUCUCUUAUGUUGGGGCUGUACACAAGAAAAACCCUGAACCCAUGCGUAUGUUCCUGAGCCUCUCUGUGGUGAAGCUGGUGAUGCAGGCCAUGUACUUCGGCUACCAGCCCUUCUUCUACGAUGUCUACACCAUUGAAACCGUCUGGUUCCUGAAACUCACUGAUAUCUUGAUCGCAGUAUUCUUCCUGAUAAUAGUGCAGAAGUAUACCAAAGCCUUAAGACUGGAGAAGGCAGCUACUCAGAACAUUGAAAAACCACCAUCAUACAUCGAAUGCCUGAUCAACGGUCACGUACGUCCACCAAGCUAUGAGCUCAAAGACGAAGUGACAAUCGUUGAUGAAGAAAGAAAACAGAACGUUGAAAACGCCGACAAGUCCUGAUUGGUCUAAACACAAAUUAUUCAAAGGCAUAGUUCUAAGAAACGCAUGCUAUUGGCUACUAUAAUAUUACUAAACAAAAGUUAGUUAGAGAUGAAUGUAAUUUUACUAAGAAGUAUUAAGCACUUAUGAUUUUUAGAACCUAAAAAUCUUGUCAAAGUUAAUAGAUGAGCCUUAAGAUUUGCCCUUUGUUCUGUUAACAUAUAUUUUUAUUAUGUAAAGUUAUUGUAGUAACGGUUUCAUCAGCUCUCAUCGUUUCUUUUUAUCUUAGUUUAAGUUCACCCGAAGAGGAUGUCUUAAAAAAAUCUUCUUCAAAAUUAGCAAAGUUUUUAACUAUUGUUCCUGCUCUAAUUUCAAGACUUAUUAUUAUAUUGGUAGUGAUAUUUUCGUGUCCAACAUUUUGGCCAUGAAAAGGGCUUUUAGAAGAGCAACUGUUAGCAGUUAUUUAGUUAGAUUCUGCGAAAUAAUUCCAAUUAUAUCGUCAAAACUAAUCUGACGCUCUCCUAUUUUAAUCAAAUCCGGAAUUAAUUGGUUUCAACUGAAAUAAACCGGUUCAAGCCAGUUCUAACCGGGUUGAUCUUGUACGUUCCGGUAAAUUUGAAAUCUCGUUUAGUUCGUAUUGUUAUUAUUUGAUAAGAUUAAGAAUUGUAUUCCUAUCCUUAUGUUAAGUUUGUGUAAGUAUUCUCUAAAGCUAGAACUAUAGAGGUAUCUAUGUUAUAUUGUGGUCUGCACAGAUAGAUCUCCGUGAUAUUCCGUUUUUCUCGAUUGAUUUUAUUAAUGAAAUGAAUAUAUCGAAUGAAAAAUUGUAUUUAGUAACGAAUUCUUAUUUAAUAAAUUUAUUCGAAUUAUUGUA